CAAAGAAAUCUUUAAACCCAUGAUCUUCUAGAUAGAACCCGUGAAAGAAUUUGAUUAAAAGUCCCAAACUUUCCAGCUUCUGACUUCAAUGGUUGUGAUGAUGAAUCGAGUUCUGGUAGCUCUAACAUUAGCUCUGUUAGCUUCGUCGGCGUUAUUACCGGUUUCCGAUGCGGCGAAGAAACCGUCUUCGGCGCCGAGAAAGGAGGAUGUUCCGUAUAUAAAGUGUCAGGUUUGCGAGAAACUAGCCUCGCGGUUACACCAGCUAGUGAAGGAGAAGCAACAACAGAUCUCUCCCAAGAAGAUCUCGGAGUAUGAGAUCAUUGAGAUUGCUGAAAAUGUCUGCAAUUUGAAGAAAGAGGAAGCUGAUUGGAUGCUUAAGAUUGACAUUGUUGAAAAAGGCGAUAAGCUUGUGCUGGUUGAGCAAGCAGAAGAAGGGAUGUGUAAUUCCAAGUGCAAGACGAUUGAGAAUGCUUGUCAAAAGGUCAUUGGUUACUCAGACACUGAUGUUGCAGAGUACAUAUACAAGUCUAAGCCUGAUCUUGUUUCCCUGGUGAAUCAUCUAUGCAAAGACCUGACCGAUGCUUGUAGCAAGAAACCUCCUCCUGUUCCUAAGGAUCGGGUUCCUGGAGAACCAUUUGUUGCAAAACCAUCAAAAGAUGCUGAAAUGGACAAGAUUUUGAGAUCUAUGCAGGGUAUGCCAGGAGCACCUGGCAUGAAGGUAUACUCUAGAGAAGAUAUAGAGAAGGGGAAUAUCGGUAAUGAAGAUGACGAUGGCGACGAUGAUGAAGAUGAGGAAGAAGAUGAAAAGUUUCCCAAGAACUUGGGAAAAGUUUUGAAAGAGAAAGAGAGUAAAACGGAAGAACUGAAGAAGACAAUCGCCAAGGAGUUCAAGAAGCAAGGUGAGGUUCUAAAGAAACAUGCUCAGAAAGUGUCGAACCGGGUCCGGAGAUGGUGGAAAGGACUUAGAACGUCUUCUUCAAAGAAACCUAAGUCCGGAAAGUCUGAGCUAUAGAAACAGUUUUAAACUGGUUUUGUCUUAAUGUACUACUCUUCUUCACACUGGCUUUUUGUAGAGUUCGUUUAGUUUCUAUAAUCUUUUGGAGAGAAUAUUGAAAGUGUUGAGACUUGAGAGACAUCAGUUCUGUGAUACAA